UGCUCGGCUGUUGUGACUCUUUACGGAUCUUCCACAUGAUGAAGUCCCUGACCGUGUAAAAUUAAUAAAGUGUCAAAAUAGCCAAUAUGUGUUUUUCCUUUAUUACUGUGAGAGUAUGAAAUCAUCCACCAAGCAACUCAAAACAAGAGUGAAUACUAAUUCUUACUCGUUACACUUGGUUGUAAAGGUGAUACAAUAGUAAAACAGCUGGUAUUAUUAAUCAGGAGAAAUAUUCAACACAACACUGAUUGCCUUACCUUUUGAGUUAAGUUUACUUUAUGUGAUGGAGAGAAAUCAAACAGGUGAGAUGCGUUUCACAGGGUGCGAGGACUGUGGUCAGUACCAUGACUCGGAGUGUCCUGAACUGGGGCCUCUGGUUACCGUCCAGGACUCCUUUGUCCUCAGCCGAGCUCGGUCGUCUCUCCCAAACAGCUUGGAGAUCAGAGAGGCGGCCAGUGGGGAGGAGGGGGUGUUCGUCCUGCGUCGGCUUGUCAAGAGAACCCGAUUUGGACCCUUUGAGGCUAAGAGGGUCCCCGUGCUGGAGAGGGAAGGAGCGUUCCCUCUGAAGAUCUUCCAGAAGGAUGGCAUUAUGGUGUGUUUUGACUGCAGCAGUGAGGAGGACUGCAACUGGAUGAUGAUGGUCCGGCCGGCCACGGACCACAAACACCAGAAUCUGACGGCUUAUCAGCAGGAUGAUGAUGUUUACUUCAACACUUCGCAGGAUGUGCUGCCGGGAACAGAGCUGAGAGUCUGGUAUGGAGCUUUCUAUGCCAAGAAGAUGGAAAAACCUGUACUGAGGCCUCCAUUCAAACCACCACUGCAUCCACCAGAUGCAUCAUCUUUAUGUGCUAAAAUUGAGUCCUCAGAGAUAAGUAGACCUCUCAUGCCCCCAGUGGCUGAAGACGACAGUGCAGGCAACAUGCUGAGUCACCUCAGUGAGGUGAAGACUGUAACUGAGCUUCCCAUCAACCAGCUUCUGCCCCUGGAGGAGGGCCUGGUUGCACCUGAUGUUGAGGAGAGGGGCCUCACUUCAGCUCGCAAGAGAGGGCAGAGUCGUGGAAGAAGAGCCAGGGGACGCAGGCCUGGAGCUGCUGUUGCCACCAGCAAACGCAAAGAUGUGAAGACCCUGGCAGAGACCUCGGAGCCGGUGGCCUCAGCAGCAGUAGUAACAGAAAGCAGCAGUUUGAUGAGCAUCCCGGACAGCUCGGCCAUCCUGAAGAGGCACAAACCCAGAGAGCACAAGAGAGUUUACCGCUGCUCGCUCUGCAACAAGGUCUUCCAGAACAGCAGCAACCUCAACAGACACAUCCGAUCACACGGGGCUAAGCUGUUCAAAUGUGAUGAAUGUGAUAAGUUAUUCAGUCGUAAGGAGAGUCUAAAGCAACACAUCUCUUACAAACACAGCAAGAACGUGCCUGACCAGGAGUACAAAUAUAAAUGCAACACAUGUGAGAAAUCCUUUCGCCUGGAGAAUGCCCUUAAGUUCCACAACUGCCGGACAGACGAUAAGACGUUCCAGUGUGAUAUCUGCUCGCGAUUCUUCUCCACCAACAGCAACCUGUCCAAGCAUAAGAAGAAGCACGGUGAGAAGCUGUACUCCUGUGAAAUCUGCAAUAAAAUGUUCUACCGCAAAGACGUGAUGCAGGAGCACCACAGGAGGCACAGUGUGGGACCAAAACAUCUGAAGAGAGAGGAGCUGGAGGCCAAUGGAGAAGAAGGGACCAAGUACAGGAAGGAGCCGUCACCCUGUCCCAUCUGCGGCAAGGUGUUCUCCUGCAGGAGUAACAUGAACAAGCAUCUGUUGACUCAUGGCGAUAAGAAGUACACCUGCGAGAUCUGCGGCCGGAAGUUCUUCCGUGUGGACGUCCUCAGAGAUCACAUUCACGUGCAUUUCAAGGACAUUGCCCUGAUGGAUGAGCAGGAGAGAGAGGGGUUCAUUAAGAAAAUCGGCAUCUCAGCAGAAGACAGCGAUGAAACAGAUGAAGACGAAGAGGAAGACGAUCCCGAGCACCACAAAUACAACUGCAAAAAAUGUCAAUUGUCAUUUGCAAAGGGCAAAGAGUACCUGAGGCACAUCAUGGAGCAACACAAGGAGAAAGGCUACGGCUGUGGGAUCUGUAACCGGCGCUUCGCGCUGAAGGCCACUUACAACGCUCACCUGGUCAUCCACAGGGAGCAGCUGCCCGACCCUGCAGUGCAGAAGUACAUCCAUCCAUGUGAAAUUUGCGGCCGAAUAUUUAAUAGUAUCGGUAACCUGGAAAGGCACAAGAUCAUCCACACUGGGGUGAAGAGCCACGGCUGCAAUAAGUGCGGCAAAUCAUUUGCAAGGAAGGACAUGCUGAAGGAGCAUCUCAGGGUUCAUGAUGACAACCGGGACUACUUGUGUGCAGAGUGCGGAAAAGGCAUGAAGACCAAACAUGCUCUGAGACACCACAUGAAGCUUCACAAGGGCAUCAAAGAGUACGAGUGUAAAGAGUGCAAUCGCAAGUUUGCCCAAAAAGUCAACAUGUUGAAACACUACAAGCGACACACAGGUAUUAAGGACUUCAUGUGUGAACUGUGUGGGAAAACGUUCAGUGAGAGGACGACUUUAGAAACGCACAAACUCAUACACACAGUGGGGAAGACGUGGACAUGUACGACAUGCGACAAGAAGUACCUGACAGAGUACAUGCUUCAAAAGCACGUGCACCUGACCCACGAAAAGGUGGAAGCACAGUCGUGUCACCUCUGUGGGACCAAAGUAUCCACCCGCGCCUCCAUGAACCGACACCUACGACGCAAACACCCUGAGGUGGUGUCUGUGAGGAUUGAUGAGUUUGAUGAUCUUCAGGAAAAUUCCACUAUCAAUAAUUCGUCUAUCAGUAUUGUACAGCCGACCUUGACCCUGGAAAAAGACGGCAUGUCUCAGGAGCGACCCGUACGGCCUACCCGGCUACUUAAGAAGAAGCAGAGGGUUCCAGCUGAGCCGGAGCUCUCGGAGUCUGAAGACUACGCCGAUUUCUCUGAGCCAAGGCACGAACCCUUGCCGGAGUACAACACUGUUGUUGUUGGUGAUGAGAUGGAGACGAGCUCUGCUGUGCAGAGCAUCCAGCAGGUGGUGGUUCUGACAGACCCGAGCAAUCCGCCAGCCCCCUCCCCCAACAGCUCAGUGGGGCUGACCAACAUCACCGUGACACCAAUCACCAGCCACGCCCCCGCCCAGUUCACCAGCCUGCAGCCUGUAGCUGUUGGCCACCUGACAGCCAGCGACCGGCCCCUCACUCUGGACAACUCCAUCCUCACCGUCACCUUCGACGCUGUCAGCGGCUCCGCCAUGCUCCACAACCGACCCCCCGAACUCGUCCCUGAAACAGUGGGUCCUACCAGCGGCACAGCACCCCAGUCUGUCGCCCAUUUCAUCAACCUCACCACUCUAGUCAACCCUAUGAGCCACCAGCUGGAGGCCCCAACUCUGGCCUGGAGACCCAUACCAGCUGCUGAGGGCAACCAGGUCACCCCAGUGGUGGAAGGCGCUCAGGGGGAGAGUCAGGAGGCUCAGAGCCAGGGGCCAGAGCCUGGGCGGAGCAGCCAGAGUCAGCCCCCCACACCACAGCAGCAGAGCAGCUCGGCACAGCAGAUGUUCAGCUACUGAUCUGACACUGCGGGGUGCGGGUCACCUCACACUCAGACGUUGUUACAUAGUAGAGUAGAUUUUUAUCAGACUGUACAAAGCUUCGAUCACCACCACCCAGAUGCCUCUCCUGUCCAAUGGAAGCCAAUUAAUUAAAUGAGUUUUUCUUUCCUUCCUUUUAUACUGGAAAAAAUGGCUGCUAAAAAUUCAUUUAAAAAUGAUGCGUUGAUCCAAAAUCACGGACGUACCACCAACAGUCAAAACCAAAGCAACACAUGAAGUAUUCCUAUGCCUUACCAGCCUUUAAAAGCAUGCAUGUUUUUUUAGUAAGAUCUGUAAUGAAAGACGGAAAUGAGCAGAAGAGGAAGAUAAACUUUGUGAAGAUAAGCACCUCCACUAGGUUCACGGAUGACAUGUGACUUUAAAUCAUGUAAGCUGUAAUUAUUGUUUAUCUGAAAAAAGAAGCAGCUUUUUAUUUUUUUACUGUUUGUUUCAAACAAAAUGCAUCUGGGUUUUCUGUUGUUGUCUGUGUAUGUGUUGAGGCUUUUGGAAAAUGAAUUGAUUUUUUUUUUUUAAUAAAUAUUAGCAGUUGUCAGAAUCUAAAAUUCACCACAUCUGCUAGUUUUUCAAGCAUAAGAUGAGAAGCGAUGCAGUUUCCUGUAUGUAGCUGUAGAUUCUCAGUCCUCCAGGUCAGUAAACCUGUUUCUUUUAAAGAAGUUUCCCCUCUUCAGGAGUUCUAUCCAGCUGGUGGCCCAUUAAAAGCUCAUUCACAUGUUAAUGGUUUUUAAGGUCACGUGGUGUCACCAACUCACCUGACCGAUCUGCUUUCUCUAACAAGUCAUUGUCACCUGUUAAUUGUUUACCUGCACGGGCAAAACUGUCUUUGUUACGAGGCCCAAUGUGUGAAUGGUUGUGAAACUUCCGGGGAGGAGAGUCAAGGCCGCGUUGUAGGUACUGGGAGGGUGAUAUUUUUUGCCAUUUCUCUCAAACUAUCUACCCAUCUUUAAUUCCUGAAAUGCAGAUGAACCUUGACCUGAAGAGCUGGCUCUCCUGUGUUUGCCACGCAUUUAUAAAGUGGUUGUUUGGACUCUCCUAAUAAAGGUCCUCAUUGCUCUCUACUGCAUACAAGCCAUCCAGCUUGUGUUUGGGUGUUUGGUCCUUUGGGUAAACUAGCUGGGGGGUGU